AUGGCAAGAAGAUAUUCAGGGAUUUGCCUGUCGCUGGUUGUGCCUCUGGCCACCGCUUGCCAACAUCUUAUACCAGAACCAAUCAGCGGUGUCUCGAGCGGGGCAAUGCUCAAGAUCCGUGAUACGCCACUUACCAAUCUAACAGAAAACGAAGCAAUCCUAUCCAACGCCUUCGACGCCAUUGAAAUUGAGACAUGGUCUUCCUACUAUACUCAUGGCGAUCAUAUAGCCGGGAGAAACAAGUCCAUGGCUCAGUGGACCGCGGAUAAGUUUACGGGUUAUGGUAUUCCUGCGUCGCUCGCGGAAUAUGAAGUUCUUUUGAACUAUCCUGUUUCUGCCUCUGUUUCGUUGAACUACCCUGAUGGCAGCAAGUACGACGCCCAGCUGUUUGAAGAUCCUGUGGCUGAAGAUGAGACAACAACGUAUCCGGACAGUAUACCUGCAUUUCAUGGAUAUUCGGCAACAGGGAAUGCUACGGCUGAAUAUAUAUAUGUUGGAAAAGGCCAUGUGGAUGAUUUCAAACGCUUGCUCCAACUUGGAGUCGACCUUAAAGGCAAGAUUGCACUGGCCAUGUAUGGCGGUCCGUUUCGAGGUGUCAAAGUAAAGAAUGCUCAGGCGAAUGGCAUGGUUGGUGCUAUUCUGUUUACGGACCCAAUAACUGAUAGCACUCAAGACGGUGCAUCAUAUCCCGAUGGGCCAGCCAGACACCCAUCGUCUCUUCAGCGCGGGUCGGUUCUCGACCUUACCAAAUACACUGGUGACCCAACCACUCCUGGAUACCCGUCUAAACCAGGUGCCAAACGCACGGAUGGGCACGAAGUCCUACCUCAGAUACCUUCUCUUCCGAUAUCUUAUCGCGAUGCAACCCUGUUAUUACAAGCAUUGGAUGGUUAUGGUGUUUCCGGGAAGGACGUCAGCAGAGAUGGAUGGGUCGGUGCCCUAAAUGCUACCUAUAGCACGGGACCGGCUCCAAAUACCACUAUAUCAAUAUCCAAUAUCAUGUCAAGCAGCAUCACACCCAUUUGGAAUGCUAUUGGAAUAAUCAAUGGAACACACGCAGAUGAGACAAUAAUCGUUGGAAAUCAUCGUGAUGCCUGGAUUAUUGGUGGAGCAGGGGAUCCGAAUUCUGGCACCGCAGUCUUAGUUGAACUAUCCAAGGCCUUUGGCGAGCUUCUAAAAACAGGUUGGAAGCCUAGAAGGAACAUCGUGUUAUGUUCCUGGGAUGCAGAAGAAUACGGGCUCGUAGGCUCUACCGAAUGGGUCGAAGAAUAUGCCCCCUGGCUUUCGGAAACAGCAAUCAGCUAUAUCAACGUUGACAUCGCUGUGGCCGGUCCUAAGCCCGGGGCGGCAUCUUCGCCCGAACUUCGCACCGUGGCUCAAGAUAUUAUGACGAAAGUGAAGUACCCCAAAGGUGAUUUCAAAACGCUCUACGAUGCCUGGUACGCUCUAUACCGGUUCCGGCUGGAUGAUCAUGGCUUUGGGAACCUUGGAAGCGGAAGUGAUUAUACGGCUUUUUUGCAGCUAGGAAUUGGAGCACUCGAUUUCUCAAUGCAAGGUAGCAGAGGCGACCCCGUCUACCACUACCACAGCAACUAUGAUUCGUACCACUGGAUGACCAAAUACGGCGACAAAGACUUUGUCUCCCACACUGCAGCCGGACAGUUCUUAACCCUCCUCACAUACCAUCUCGCCGACGACGCUCUCAUCCCCUUCGACCUUGAUGCGAUGCAGAAAGGUGUUGAGCAGUGGCUCCGCAAUUUCCUAAUCCUCGUGAACUCAUUUAGCGACCUCGAAAAGCUGCAAAGGGACAUCAACUUCAGCGGGCUACAUAACGCUCAAAAGAACUUUACGCAGGCCGCGACUGAUUUCACUGCGUGGACAAAUCAGGAGGGGUUUAGGAGUAAUGACACAGCUGUCAGCCUGGCUAAUAAGAAGCUCCGCGAUUUUCAGAGGGCAUUUAUUAAUCCCGAGGGCUUGCCGGGGAGGAGUUUUUAUAAGAACGUUGGAUAUGCUCCAGAUGUUAAUGACGGUUACUCUGCUCAGACCCUUCCAGGACCAACUGAAGCGCUCAGGAAUGGAGAGGAUCGGGUGGCGGCGAGGGCACAGGUUGAAAUAACGAUAGCCUGUAUUCUCAAGGCUGUGGAGAUCUUGAAGGUGGGUUAA